AUGCUUCGUCGUGCUUCAAACGUUCAACUCAUUACAGUUAAAAAACUUUUUCUCAUUUCUGAGUUUAAAAAAUAUUUAAAACGAGAAAGAUUUUCGGCAUGGAGCUGUGUGAAUGCUGAAGCUAAUUUACAUGAAAUGAAGUUAAAAAGUACUGAACACGAGUAUUUUAAUAACUCUUAA